GGAGAUAAGAGUCGAGACCAUCGCUGUCAGAUAUGUUCAUUGUCAAGUCCAAACUCCGUGAGAAUGCAUCAGAUUAUCUUGAAUUUGGAUAGUAUAAAAGUGCACUUUCGAAGCCAGUAACUAUGGAUUCUCUACAGGAUAACCAGUUCAACAGCACAAACAAAUCCAAAAGACUAAAUUAUUCAAAUUCUUAUAAUCAUGUCAGCUACAACUGUCCCUCGAGUCCCUCUUGGCAAGAAUGGCCCUCUCGUCUCCCGUAUGGGCUUGGGCACAAUGGGUUUAACCCGUCCAACCUAUGGAGCUAUCCCUAUCCAAGACGAAAUAUUUGCGUUCCUUGAUCAUGCUUAUGAGGCCGGUGCAACAUUUUGGGAUAGUGCUGACUACUAUAACGACUGCGAGGAAAUCAUUGGAAAGUGGUUCAAACGAACUGGCAAACGAGAUGAUAUCUUUCUUGCAACUAAGUUUGGAUACGUCAAGAACAGCCAGACCUUUGAGCUCAACACUUCGUAUAAGCAUGUCAAGCAAGCACGUGCUGAGAGUCUACGGCUCUUGGAUAUCGAGACUAUCGAUCUCUCUGUCACCUCAGCCACUCUCCGCAGAGCCGUCAAGAUCGCCCCAGUUGCCGCGUUUCAGAUCGGAUACUCUGCAUUCGAACUCUACUGCGAGGGAGAAAAGGGAACUCACAUCCUCGACACGUGCCGGGAGCUUGGUGUAGCCGUCGUUGCAGCAAUGCCCCUUGGCCGAGGUCUUCUGACCACUAACUUCAUCGACGGAACAGCAUCUGGACACCAAGGCAACGAUGUUAGAUAUCAGCUUAUCCCUCGAUUCAUGGGCGAGAACCGUGAGAAGAAUAUUCAGCGUGUGAGCCAGUUUAAGGGGCUGGCUGAUAAGAAGGGAAUAACUAUUGCUCAACUUGCGAUUGCGUGGCUGUCAAGGCAGGGUGAUGAUAUUAUUCCGAUUCCUGGGACUAAGAAGAUUGAGUAUUUCGAUGAGAACUGGGCUGCUCUUGAUAUAGUUCUCAGUGAUGAGGAAGAGGCUGAGAUCAGGAGCUUUGUGGAGAAAGAAGAUAUUGCUGGUAUGCCACUGCCUCCUGCUCUCGAUGGUUGGUUAUUCAGAGAUACAAAGGAGGAGUCUGGAUGA